GUGCCUACAGUUUUUUCUUCUUCUAUUAUAUACGAAGCUAGCAUCAUUUCUCCGUGUACACCUAUAUCCUGUAUACAUAGAGUCUUAUAUAUCCUUUUUUUUUUUAUCGUCACCGUCUUUGCCGCAUCGAAACAAGAAAGCCACGAGUGUUGUCGCGCGUGUCGUGCCUCUCUCUUCUGGAUCUUCUUCGUUCUUUUCACGCACAACGCCUUUUUUUUCUUUCUUUGUAUUCGUACCACACCACCAUUCUCCACAUCCAGCACGGAAGCACCGCUAAUCAUUAGAACUGUAUUCAUCGCUUCGUUUGUAGCUCAUAUAUACAUACAUCGCAGAAGAAAAGAUACGACAACACAAACAUUCCCUCCCCCUACAGCAUCAUGUCAAACCCCUCCGUUUUGGAGCUGUCGAGGCAGCUGGUGGAGCUGGACGGUCAGGCAAAGGCGCUGCGUAGCGAGGUGGAGCACCUGCGGUCCACCAAGCGUUCCCUCGACGUGUCGGACGCCACCAACGCGAAGAUGUCGGAGAUGCGGGAGAGCAUGGGCAGCACCGCGCCGUCCAAGUCGCGUCGCUCGCGGGGGUCGACGGUGCGCGGUGGGCCGUCGGCCACCUCGUCCGACCUGCCACAGGGCUUCAUCGACGACCUCGCCCACAAGUGCGGCGAUGUGGAGGCCGCCAUCCGCAAGCACAGGGAGCUCGUGAAAGAGAAGGCGAUGCUGCAGGAGGCGCUGGUCAAGGAGGACGCCCACGUUGAGGCUGCCGAGCAAGAGUUCGCGCGCGUUUCGGAGGCGGCCGACGCAGAUGCAGACGGCAACUCCCGCGCCGCUGCCGGUUUGCGCAAAAAGAACGCCUACGGCGCCGCGCAAAAGGCCGCCGUCGCGCUCUACCAGCAGCGCGAGAACAUCCGCGUCCAGCUCGAGGGCCAGUCGCGCGAGCUGCUGCGUCUCGCCUCGAUUCUGCAGGAGACGACGGACGCCGUAAGCCAGCGCACGGAGGCGAUGGAGGUGCUGGCGGAGCGCAAGGCAAAACUGGCGGAGCUGCGCAAGGAGCGCAACCUGUUGACACGCGCCGUCGCCCGCAAGGACAAGAUCGCCGACAAGGGCCAUAAGGGCCUGACGAGGGAGGACUACAUUCGCCACAGCAACUUCGACCGUCGCGUGGCGCUGCACGAGCUCUCUAAGGAAGACUCUCUGACCAAAGCGAACGACCUGGCCAUCCGUCACCGCGCCAUGCAAAUUGCGAAGCUGCAGACUCGGCUGGAGCUGAUUGGCGGUGCUGUCGCCGGCGACGACGUCAAUGAGAACGAGGCGGAGCGCGUGGAUGUGGAGGUGCUCGAUGAACUGACGCGCGAGAUUGAGGAACUGUACGAGUCACACCUCGUCGCGAACUUGCACAUGGAGAAUAUCGACUGCGAAAUCGAAAAGAUGGAGUGGCGCGCCGGCGCGCUGCAGCACGCCAAGGAUUCGACGCAGACGGAGAUGAAGCGCGUCGAUCGCGAGCACCGCCGCUACUUCGCGGAGCUGCAGCAGACGCUGGAGAAGGAGCGCGUGGCGAACGGCCAGACGAUAACGCGCCUGCAGGACGACAUCGACGCCAUCCAUAGGAACGGGGCUCGCCGCUCGCAGCCGCGUGGCAAAGCCUCCAAGGCGACAGCCGUUCACGAGGAAUAA